AAAUUGCUAUUUUCGAGUAUUAUUUGGGUAACACAGUAGAAGACCGUGGAACGUUCGAGGAUUACGAUUGUGCGGGUGAUGGAGAUUCCAUUGAGAAGUUAUGGAACUGAAGGCUCACGUGGUAGAAGAGAUAUGUUCACGCUUCAAGAAGGAGUUGGAAUUUUACUAUCAGGACUGUUUGGCACUGGGAAUGGAUCUUCUGUAUCUGUUGAGAAUGCUGGUCUUUUAGCACUGACACGUGUUGGCAGUAGAAGAGUUGUUCAGAUAUCAGCUGGGUUCAUGAUUUUCUUCUCAAUUCUCGGGAAAUUUGGAGCAGUCUUUGCUUCAAUUCCAGCACCCAUUGUAGGUGCUUUGUAUUGCCUUUUCUUUGCUUAUGUAGGCGCCGGAGGCUUAGGCUUCCUUCAGUUCUGCAAUCUUAAUAGCUUCCGCACCAAGUUUAUAUUAGGGUUCUCUGUCUUCCUGGGUUUGUCCAUCCCACAGUACUUCAAUGAGUAUACUGCCGUUGCUGGUUAUGGACCUGUUCACACACAUGCAAGAUGGUUCAACGACAUGGUCAAUGUGCCCUUUCAAUCGAAAGCUUUUGUGGCGGGUGUUGUGGCUUAUUUCCUGGACAACACGAUGCACAAAAAGGAUGGCCAGACACGAAAGGACAGAGGCAAGCACUGGUGGGACAAGUUCAAGUCCUUCAAGACUGACACAAGAAGUGAGGAAUUCUACUCCCUCCCUUUCAAUCUAAACAAGUAUUUCCCAUCUGUGUGACUGGUAACAGCAUAGAGGCAGAAGAUUUCAUACUUCAUACUUCCACUUGCUGACCCUUGAAAUCUGUGUUGGGGGGACUUGCUGCUGCAGCACCAAUUUUCUUUCAGAUGUACCCUCUUAGAAGUAUAGAUAGUCCAACCAUUUUGAAGAAGCUUAGGACAACAGUUUUUAGUCAAGUAUUUCUCAUUGUUGUAAAUUUAUGGCUAUAUGGAUUUAACUA